AUGAGUGGACAACAUUAUGUUACGUUAUCAUCCGUCAUAAUUCUCACAAAAGGUUUGGAGAGUAUGCCGAAGGAUCUAAAUUCAGAAACUUCAUUUGAAUUAACCCGAACAAUGACCAGCAAAAUGUUAAACAGCAUAAUUAAUAGACUAGGAGCCAUAGAGACCAGUAAUUCACUCCUAAUUUCAACAUUUUUGGAUCCAAAAUUCAAGAAUAUUGGAUUUUUAAGUGAAUCAGUCGCCGAAAGGGCCAAGAAAUUAGUAAUAAACAUUGUGUCUCAAAAAAUUGAAAGAGACACAGAAACGACUAGUCGUCAAGCCGAAACGACUGUUGAUCUAGCGAUUAACGAGGCAUCUACAGAAUUAGCUGCAAAAAAGAUUAAACUUUCAAUUUGGAGCCAUUUUGAAGAAAAAAAAAGCGGCUGCAUUUCAGCCAGUGUGUACAUAUUCCUCAAGGGCUAUUGUUGA